AUGCAAAAGAAGCUGUCAAAUCUAAUUGCAACUGUUGUAAAUGCCUACUAUGAUUAUCUAGAAAAUUCUUUGUCAAUUCCAGCAGUAAUUUUACAACGACCAUUUUACAGUAAAGAACAACCAGAUGCUGUCAAUUAUGGAGGGAUUGGUGGUGUAAUAGGUCAUGAAAUUUCUCAUGGAUUUGAUGACAUUGGACGUCGUUAUGACAAUAAUGGUAAUUUAAAAAAUUGGUGGUCAAAUAAUACACUUAAUGACUAUAAAAAAAGAGCCUGGUGUUUGGUGGAAAAAUUUAAAAAAUACGCAAUUGUUUCGCAGAAUACAACUUACAAGCUAAAUUCAAUAAAAACAUUGUCAGAAAAUAUUGCUGAUUCAACAGGCAUACGAGCUGUAUUUAAGGCAUUUGAAAAACACUCUGUUGAAAAAUAUUCAUCAAAUAAUAUGCGGCUAAUUGGUUUGGAAAAUAUAAACACCAGAAAAUUGUUUUUUCUUUCAUAUGCACACUCAUUUUGUGAAGCAAUGCCUUUAAAUAAAAUGCUCAAUAUGUUGAUGACUGAUGUACAUUCACCAGCUCCUUUUCGGAUGACUGGAACACUUUCAAAUAUGAAAGAAUUUUCUGAUGUGUUUGAAUGUUCCAACAAAACAAUAAUGAAUCCACAAACAAAAUGUGGUUUAUGGUAUUAAAAAUAAAUUUUAAAAUUAUACAAACUUGCUAUCUACGUGCUCGUUUAAAUUGAAGAGUAUAAUUGAAUUAUUAUUAAAAUAAUGAUGACAAAUAAUAAUUUUGUGAAUUAAUUAAAAACACGUGUUUGAUUUUGCCAAAAAACAUCGUGUUGAAGUACAAGAUAUUUAUUGGCCGGUGUGUUUAAACAUUCAAAGUCCUUGAUGAUAUUUUGAUGUAUAAAUACAUGUAAUUUUGAUGCAUUACCAAAACGAUGACGUGUUGCUCUAUCAGCCAAUUGAAUAGUAGCAACUGUUACAGCAGUUCCCAUGACAUUUAAAACUUCAAGUGCAGGACAAUUUUCAAGUACUCUUUGAAUAGCAACAUCAGUCACUAAUUGACAACCACAACAUUCUAGUUUUAUUAAAU